AGCAGCCUUGGCUGGAUGUGGCUUACUCUCACUUCCGCCUUGGAAGUUUUGAGAAGCUGAGGACUGGGUCUGAAGGGCGCAACCUCUGGUCGGUGGAGAGUGUAAUUCCGAGGGCUCGUCAGGUGUCAAAGUGCCUGCAUCACGUGCCUUCCAGUCACAUCUUGCCUGCUAUUCCUAACCACGGUCAUGCCUCGUGGUCAGAAGAGUAAGCUCCGUGCCCGUGAGAGACGCCGCCAGGCCCGGGCUGAGGACCAGGGUUUCGGGGGUGCUCAGGCCACUGCAGCAGUGGAAGAAGAGUCCUCCUCUUCCUCCUUGCCUGUUUCUGGGGGUACUCCCUCGAGCUCCCCUGCUGCAGGCACUCCCCAGAAGUCUCAGAGAGCCCAAACCGCCAGCUCUUCUGCUGCAGCCACUUUCCGCACAAGUUCUGAUGAAAGCGCCCACGAGGAAAAUGCAAGUUCCUCCCAGGCCCCACCCUCCUCUGAGAGCUCGUGCAAAGAUCCUCUGAUCAGGAAGACAGGCGAGUUGGUGAAGUUUCUGCUGUACAAGUAUAAAAUUAAAGAGCCCAUUACAAAGGCAGAGAUGCUGAAGAUUGUCAACAACAAGUACAAGAAGCACUUCCCAGAAAUCCUCCAGAGAACCACCGAGCACUUGGAGCUGGUCUUUGGCCUUGACCUGAAGGAAGUCAACCCCAGUGGUCGCUGUUACGCCCUUGUCAGCAAACUAGACCUUUCUGAUGAAGGGGGUCUGAGUGGUUCCACGGGCUUCCCCAAGAAUGGGCUCCUGAUGCCUCUCCUGGGCAUGAUCUUCAUGAAUGGCAACCGCACCACCGAGGAGGAGAUGUGGAAAUUCCUGAAUCUCUUAGGAGUCUAUGAAGGGAGGAGGCACUUCAUCUUUGGGGAGCCCAGGAAGCUCAUCACCCAAGAUUUGGUGGAGCAGAAGUACCUGGAGUACCGGCUGGUGCCCAACAGUGAUCCUCCAUGCUACGAAUUCCUGUGGGGUCCAAGAGCCCAUGAUGAAACCAGUAAGAUGAAAGUCCUGGAGUUUUGGGCCAAAGUCAAUCAUAGUGCCCCCAGUUCCUUCCAGGCCCAGUACGAGGAGGCUUUGAGAGAUGAGGAAGAGCGAGCUCGAGCCAGAGCUGCAGCCAGGGCUGCUGCCAGUGCCAGGAUCCGCUCCAGGGCCAUGGCAGGCAGACCCUCCCAGCCUUAGUGAAGUCUGAAGCAAAGUCUUCACCUUGAAGUUGCAAAGGGCUGUCAACCCUCUCAGUAAUGGGGGGCGAGGUGGGGAUGGAGAGAGCACAGUAUAGCUCUUCUUUGUGUUCUUGUUAUUUAUAAGUAACUUAUAGAUUUACCUUUUUUUCCUUAUUUUUCCAUUGUGUUCUCAUUAAAAAGGUUUAUUUAGAUUCAGAAUCGAAGUUUAUGAAUAACAUGGCUCACACAUCUGUUGCUGUUUAUCAAGUUUGAGAGUAAUAGUUCUGUAUUUUGUGAAACAAAUUGAAAAUCCUUGCAUCUCUUAUUGUGAUCCAGCACCAGAAAACAUAGCAUUGGAAUAGGUAUUUUCUUUAAAAUGUGAAAGAACCCCACAGUGAAAUAGUUGGGAUAAUGAGACAGUGGGAGGGGGAGUACAGGGUGCUUCAUUCUUAGUUUUCUUUAUCCAUUUUACUCUUUCUUUUGGUAAAAUUAAAAGAUACAUACCUGGAUUUGCUUAGCUUAUUCAAGAAUGUAGGAGAAAAUAAAUUGUCAUAAA